AUGGCCAAGUAUCUGUUACCAUAUACUCGGUAUUAUGAUACAAUCUUUAAAGCAUUUUCUCAAACUUUAGCAACAACUCCUUCCUCUCAAUCUGAAUCUACUACAACUCAUUCAACUUUUAAUCCUAGUCUUCUUAGUAGUUUAAAAAAUCGUCUACACACUUUUGGUAAUGUACAUUUACCUGGAUCGGAGGAAAUUAAGGCUUCUUCUGCACCCAUUCUAGGCACGACAUCUACAGUUACCAAUGUCACCGAGGCUGACAAAUCUACUGAGGAUGCACAACCUCCUGAGGAUGCAAAACCUGCCGAGGAUCUAAAAUCCGCCGAGGAUGUACGACCUGAUGAGGAAGUAAAGCACACUGAAGAUUUAAAACCCGCUGAAGAUGUAAAACACACCGAGGAUGACAGCGCCAAUGAGUUUACUGAAGCUACUUAUUCCCCUCAUUCUGAGGUUUCAGAGCCCAAAAUUUCAGAGCACAAGGCCAGUUAUUUGGAAGAGCUUUUAACUAAAAAGCCCGAGCAGAGGUUUACGGGAGCUUAUCAGCCUAGAGAGAGGGAGUUUAACGUUUCUGCCAACUUUGCUAAUUUUUUAAGCAGGCAGAGCAGGGAAGUUCUUGAAAAAUGCACGAAGACUCCUCACGAGUUCGUGCUAAUUGUUGAUGAGUCAGGGAGUAUAUCCACCUAUAACUGGAACACCAAGGUUAAGGACUUUGUCUUAUUGAUCACCAGUGCUGUCGCCCAGGUCAACUCGUACAACAAACUUUCAAUUAUUCAGUACUCACGCACUCCUAAGCUCGUGAUGGACUCUGAGACUAUCGAUAAAUUGAAUUUAAACAGUAUCGGAAGUGCCAUUGAUGACAUGUUUGCUGCUCCUAGGACUCACGGGACCACCUACACCGGUGAAGCUCUGCAGUUUGCAAGGGAGAAGGUCCUUGACAAGCAGGGAGAAUUUGUGUUGGAAUUGACUGAAAGCAAGGCUCCUCUGGCAAAAAAGAACAAAAUAGUUCUUCUUUUGACCGACGGCGGUUCCAAGGAUCCUGAAAAGGCUCACAGGGAGUCGCUCAUACAACGUUUCAACGGAGUUGACCUUUACGUUUUCGGCGUCGGCAAUUUCAACGAGGCUGAGUGCCGCAAACUUGUCGGUUGUUCUCCUGAAGGCGAAUGCAACUACUUCUUCCACUCGAAGUGGGAGUCGAUCAUUGACUACCUGCAAAAACUGGUAAUUUCCAUGUGUAGAGACACUGGCAGAAAUGCUACCUGUCUCGAGAACUGGUCUGAUUUCUCAGAAUGUAGCGCCAGGUGCGGCGGCGGAAUUAUGAAGGCCAAAUUGUUGAGUUUCACCACUGUGGCAGAGGCCACAGUUGGAGAGGACGGUAUAAAGGGGCUCAGUUGUGAGGAGCAGUACCGGAAGGUGAGCGAAAAGUAUGAGAGGUGCAAUACUUUCCCCUGUACUGACCACCUCGUGAACAUCAACCAUCAUCCAACAUAUCCAAAGGAAACCAGAACCGAGGAAACAUCCGAUUCACGCGGUUCUGAGUCAAGAUCCGACGAGCGAGGGUCAGGUGAUUCUCCUGAUGGCGAGUUGGUAGGGUCCAUGAGAACCGUGCAGUACCGACAGAAGCAAGUUCAUCGGGAGGAACCACGCGAACAAGGGCCAAAGGCCGAAGAGCCCGAUGAGGACCAAGAUGUUGACGAGCUAGGCGACUCAUUGGAGGCCAUACCAAUGGAAGAGGACACACGCAGACACACGCCCAGGGAGGAGACUCCAUCUGGAGUACCGCCUCCAAUUCCACAAACGCCCAGACAGGGACCUGUUAAUCCUCCAUCCCCCAGGGAGACUCCACGAGCUCCCAGCCCUCCCACUGACGAGAGACCCAGUUUUACCAGGGAAGAAAUGCCAAACCCGAUUAAAGAAACCAGGUACGCUGGCGUCAGCCACCAGAAGGCCAGCGAUAGAAUAAAUGAGGUUUUAAAAGAGAUUGAGGCACGCCGUGAACUAAGACGCAAUAACCAGCAACACCAUGAUACACACCACCAUCCUCACACCCCAACUAGGCACACUCCUGUCGAGACUGAACACACUCACCCUCAACCCAGCCACCCUGAACCCUCUCAUCCUCAACCUACUCACCACCCCGAGCCCAGCCACCCUCAACCAAGCCACCAUCACGACAGUCAUCCUCAGCCCAGCUCUGAGCCUACCAGUCACAGCGAGGAAAGAGACGACUCUGAUGACGGUGGCACAGAUUUAACCAAUCUGGCUGGAUUUGAUGGAACCGGCAGAGUUCCGUUCCAUCUAAUCAGCGGAAAGGACCACAAGGAAGUCGUGGUGGAGAAGGUAUUGGACGAAGAGGAGGAGAAGCAGUUUGAGGAAAGCGAGGAGCGCGAGCGCGAAAAGGAGCUUGAGAAAGAGCGGGAAUCGAACAAGCCCACGAACCACAUAAGGGGCAACGAGAAGACGAUGAGAGAUCAAGAUUCGCAGACUGAACGCAGGGAAGAUGAGGCCGAUGUUGCAGAAGACGCGGAGGAACGUGCACCUCGCACCAGGGACUUCGGUACGAACACAGUCAACAUGGCGGACGCGGCGACCAACACCCUGAACACGAGAGAUGCCGCGACUAACACCGUGAACAUGUCAGACGCUGCCACCAACACUGUUCAGACCAGGGACAUGGACACGAACACUGACCGGAGGGGCGAACCCGGCAGGGAUAACGCCCAGGAGACCAUUAAAAAGCACGUGCCCAAGUACAAAAAACCAAAUGACAGUCGCCCUCAUCAUACAACUGAGCUUAGAGAUGUCGCUAAACAAGCAGAAACUGCUAUAUCUACAACCAAAAUGAAGUUUAAAAGAUUCUUUGAGAAUGAACACGUCAGAAAAUUCGGUAGGUGGCCUAGCCAUACACUGCCGUGGCUAUCGUUAUAUUCCUAUCGGCACUUUCCAUAUCGGAAGGAACCUACGCCACACCUUUUCGACCCGAGCGAUCAGGAGUUCAUGAACGCUGGGGACGGCGACGACGUCGAACCCUCUGAGAACUACCAAGUUUCCAACAUGGAGGACGGCAUAUGGGCUUAA